AUGGAGAACUCCAUAGACAUGUCUGUUAAAGAAGCUAUUGCUCCUCCAAGCGACGACGAAGAUGUGAAGGAUAUGGCUGCUGCAAAACGUCUGCGCUCUGACAGUUGUUUCUCCUUCAUGGAGAUCUCAAUGGAACCAGGGAUUAAAUCAUUGAAACAACUUGAUUCAAAGAAGUUCAAGGAUGAGAUCAAGAGAUGGGCUAAGAAAGUUGUUACCUAUGCUCGCCAGACUGCUUGCUCGAUAAGUAAAUCGAUGCAAAAUCUCAAUGAAGUCCUCAUUCAAUCUGAAAACUGGUUUGGAAUGACGAAACUGGAUGCUGCAACAACCAAUUUAUGCAUGCUGCCUGAACCAUCAGGGGGUGUUAAAAGGGGUGGUUCUACAUUAAUGUGA